AUGUUUAUCACGCCCCCGGUUGCCACAGUUGUGGUGCUUCUCAGCGCCUUGCUCUGGAGGAUCUUGCAAAGUGGUAAAAGAGAUCCACGAAUGCCUCCGGGACCACCCACAUUACCGCUGAUCGGAAACGCGCAUUUGAUACCAAACAGAGGUUUCCACAAAAAAUUUCCAGCAUGGGCCAAGAAGUAUGGAAAAGUCUUCAGCCUCAAAAUAGGAUCCUCCAACAUGAUCGUCCUAUGCGAUCGUAAAUCUGUUCACAAGCUGCUUGUGGAACGAGGACGCAUUUAUUCCGAUCGACCACCAAACUGGGUCAUGGGCUUCAUAUCAAGGAACCAUCAUCUCAUUAUCGAGAAUCUCGACAGCGCUGGUCGGCUUAAGAGGAAAAUAAUUUCGCAGCACUUCUCGCCUAAAGAGAUGGAUUCGAGACACUACAAGACCCAGUCGGCCGAAUCUGCAGUUUUGGUACGGAACUUUUUGCACAACCCCGAAGGCUUCAUGACCGAGAUACGUCGGUAUACCGUUUCUUCUAUAUCAGCCAUCACAUGGGGUCAUCGUGCACCAGAUGUCAAAUCUCCUUGGUACUACCGUACAAACGAUUUGCUUGAAAAGUGGUUCGAUGCUGUCGCGCCUGGGGCCAAUCCACCCGUGGAGAAUUUUCCUUUCCUGGAAUGGAUUCCGGCUUCCAUGGCCGGCUGGAGGCGUCGAGCCAUUGCAAUUCGAGACCAGAUGGAUGAGACCUAUGGCGAUUGUCGCCGACAAGUCAACGAACGCCGCCAGCUCGGCGAUAAUCGGAGUUCGAUAGCUGAUAUUCUUCUCGACGAAUACGAGGUCAAGGGCUGGCCUCGAGAGCUUUCACAGCACGCUUUCAACAACUUGAUGGGAGAGAUUAUUGAAGGGGGCGUGGAUACUACUGUUGCGCAGCUCUCAAGUCUAGUCCUUGCACUGGCUCUCCAUCCUGACGUACAGAAACGAGCUUGGACAGAGAUAGAUGCAGUUUGCGGGACACAGCGCAGUCCAGACUGGUCAGAUUUCAAUAAGCUUCCCUAUGUCAACGCGGUGGUUAAGGAAGCUGCACGUUGGCGACCAAACGCCGGCACCAGUCUUCCUCGCACAAACACACAAGACGACAUCUACGAUGGCAUGUUGAUCCCUAAAGGCUCAACCAUCAUUCAGACCAUCUCAGCUAUCCAAGAAGACCCAGACUUUUAUGAUAAUGCUGAAAAGUUUGAUCCGGACAGAUACCUGAAUCAUCCCGGUUUAGCCAAUGAGUAUGCAGCGAGUUCUGACUGGGACCACCGAGACCACUACAUCUACGGCACUGGAAGACGCAUAUGCCCUGGAAUUCACUCUGCAGAGCGCAGCAUGUGGCGUGUCACCGCCAAGCUGCUCUGGGCUUUUGAGAUCUCAGAGCCAGUCGAUCCCAUCACUCAGGAGGUUCAGCAUCUGGACCCCAACGCAUACACCUCUGGAGUCGUUCUUUGUCCUCUCCCGUUCAACAUCUCGCUCAAAGCGAGGAGCCAGGCACACCGUGAGACUAUUGAGCGGGAGUUUCUCGAGGCAAGUGAAGAACUGAAGAAGUUUGAGUAG